AUGCCUCUCACAAAGGAUCUCCUCCGUCCCUCUCCAGAAGAGAAGAGGAAACACAAGAAGAAGCACCUGGUGCAGAGCCCCAAUUCCGAUUUCAUGGAUGUGAAAUGCCCAGGAUGCUCUAAAAUCACCCCAGUCUUUAGCCAUGCACAAUUGGUAGUUUGGUGCAUUGGCUAUUCCACUGUCCUCUGCCAGCCUACAGGAGAAAAAGCAAGACUUACAGAAGGAUGUUCCUUCAGGAGGAAGCAACACUAA